AUGGCAGGCCAAGUCCAGCAGAAAAGCAUGUCUGGUGGCCAGGCGAACGAAAGCGGCAAGUACGGGCCUGUCCCGAAGCGAUGCGUGGUCACCGGAGGGCUUGGCUUCGUUGGCCAGCGGCUGGUGGAGACGCUGGUGGAGCGUGGGGCGGAGCAGGUGGUUUCUUUCGACAUAGUGCCUCCUGCGGCGAACGUGUGGCAACACAAGGCCAUAAAGUACGUCACGGCGGACCUCUGCGAUUAUGACGCAGUUCUGAAAGCCGUGGAAGGUGCCGACUGCGUUUGGCACAAUGCAGCCGCUGUCGGCCCAUUCCUCCCGAAACACUUUUACAAAAAUGUGAACGUCAUCGGGACGCGGAAUGUGCUGGAAGCGUGCAAGCAGCAAGGAGUGCGGAAGCUUGUUUUCUCCGCAACUCCAUCUUCAAGGUUUACGUGCACAGAUGAUGUGGACGGCAAGACUGAGGCAGAGAUGCCUGACAUACCGCAGGAGUGCUACGUGGCCGAAUACUCGGCUACCAAGGCAGAAGGAGAGCUCCUUCUGCGCAAGGCCUGCAAGGAGGAUGAGAUCCUCUUCGUUGCAGUUGCACCUCACACUGUCUAUGGGCCUCGAGACAACCUUUUCUUGCCCAACCUUCUGGAAGCUGCGGGCGUCGGGAAGCUGCGUAUCUUCGGCAGUGGCACGAGCCGCGUAGGGUACACACAUGUGGAUAACUAUUGCCACGGCCUCGUUAUAGCGGAGAAGCAAUUAUACCAGGGGUCGCCACAUCUGGGCAAGUUUUACGUCUGCACAGAUGGUCCGACCCAUCCGCAUGCGGAGGGCUAUAGCGUCUUCUGGGAAGAGCUCGACCAGGCAGUUACUGGCAUGGGCUUCGACUCCUUGUACAGUAAGACAGCUCUUCCUUACUUCCUGCUGAGGAUCAUUGCAUUCAUUUGUGAUGUCAUCAGCACCAUGACGGGCAAAAAGCUGAAGCUUGGUUGGUUCACCCUGCGGAUGCUGACCAUGCACAGGUGGUUCCGCAUUACAGCUGCUCAAAACGACUUGGGCUAUCAACCCGUGGUUUCCUACAAGGAUGGGUGGCCAGAUACCAUCGAAUGGUUUAGGAACAAGUGGCUGCCAACCUUUGACCCGAAGACGGCUUCCGGCACCACUGGAGGCAUUGCUCAGCAGACAGUCGACAAGGUGAAGAUCCAGGAGCAAAAGAUGCAGAAGUGA